AUGAUUGGUUCUUUUUGGAAUUUGUGUCGUGCUUGCCCGUCGAUGCCUGUUGAUAAGCUUCACUCCGAGUACCGGAGCACGUAUCGAUGGCAUGAGUAUACGGGGCCAAGACAAGAAGUUGUGAGGAGACCUCCUCAGACUAACAUUGCUGAGAAAACCAACGAUAUUAGUGCUUCUAGGAAUCAUGAGGAUGACUUUCAGACCGACUCACUGCCGAAACAGGAACCUGCAAUGCCGAGAAGGAAAAAGUACCCAGACCUGGCUUACAGGCACCAUGAAUUUCUAUCGGACGAGCGCAACGGGCCCGAAUGGCGGCCGUCGCGGCGCAGCAGGUCGGAGGGACCAGGUGGCGGCGGCGGCGGCGGCGUCAGGGGCGGCGCCCACGGGGCGGCCGGCCAGAGGGAAGCGGGGGAGCGCAGGAGGGAGUCGGACCCCGAUGUGGAGAAUGCUGGCACGGGACACACUUCUCGACGGGACGCUGCCGGGUCCACGCCGAGGAAGUCUCACUCUAUGGGUGCUCUGAAGGCGAGAGCUCAAGCCAAUGCGAUGGUCCACAAGAAGAGGAUUGAUAUGGAAAACAGAGAUGCCAGUGAAUUGGAACCAUUGGUAGGCGAGAGAUGCAGCCAAGAAAAGUCCAAACAGGAGUCCCAUAGCGAAUACCAGAAGAAAUUUAGGCCAUUUUCUCAGUAUGAAUAUUCAGGAGGGGCCUUCACAACAAAAGAAAACCCCAAGCCUCCGGCAGACGAGUUUGACAAGAAGUUCAUUGUGGAUAACGAGAAGGACGGAUCAUGGUACAGAGAGGUCGUAGAGUUGCGCAAAAAAGCUGGGGAAUACAAGCAUCGAGGAUGGGGUAGUGAUCUAACACCAGAUAGAGUACAUGAUAUUUACAAUAAGCAAAUUGAACUGUGGGAUCAGGUGUCAAGAAGGAGUUCUCUGUCUGCUUUAUCACUAGCUUCCAUGGCCCACAAAACCUAUACUAAAGAAGAAAAAGAAGAUGACAAUAACAGAAAAAGUUCUCCCACUAAAGCUUAUCGCAACGCCGAAAAUUCUGCUAGAAUGAUUAGGGAUAUCAUUAAACACCAUUUAGAGAAAACAACAGGGGGUUCAGAAUAUGAGGGAUUGAUCUGGUCACCAACGCGAGAUAAGCUAGAACCUACAAUCCCAAGAAAAGAUGACGAUUCUAGAGGUUCCCAAAAAAAUAGUCCCAAGAAAAGUUCACCAAUGAAAUCGUCUUCCCUCAAAAGGACUAAUCAAAGAGCUAAACAAGUACGGUCGCAAUCAGUAGGGCCUACACCUGACAGUAAUGUCGAAAAACGGUCGCCGAAACGUCAAUCUAGAUCAACAACAGCUAAAGAUGGAAGAAAAUCGUCUACUGAAACGCCUACAAAUAAAAGACCAAGACCUUCAUCCCUCAACACCACUGUCUCAUCCCGAUCUAAAUCCAGUUCGGUAGUAACAAAAAAUGAGGAUGACAGAUUGGCCAAACCAUUGCAAAAUCAUAACAAAUUGCAAAGUGUAGAUUCAUCUAAGAAUAAUCAAAAAGUAGCCACUAAAGAUAGAAAAGGAAGUAAUGAAGCCGAUCAAGCGAAAACAGACAACACACCUUCGGUGGCGAAAGAUAUUUCUACAUAUGAAGAGCACGACAGCAUCACCUAUGAACCUCUCAUUAAGUCGCCUCCUGAGCCUACUAGAGUGAAAUCUCCCGAACAGAUCAUAAUGCGUUCUCCUGAUCCAGUCAACUGGACAGUGCCUUUGGAUACUGGAAAAACGUUCACUGUCACACAAAAUGUCAGAGAAGGUGAUAUAGGUACUAGACCUCACAGCGAAGUGAAGGCUUGGACUCCGCCAGAAGUUCCGCCUCCAGUGGCCCAAUCUGCUCCUCCCACCCUCACCGAACAGUCUAAGGCUCACGUGGGCUUUUCCUAA